AAUGUUUCUUGAGAACAAGAUAGACGAGAGCUUCUGGAAGGCUCGACGGAAAGUGUUCAAUCCAAUCCCGUGGCUCACAAAAUUACACUUAAAACCCCUUCCUUGCAGACAUUUGAGCUGCACAAAAAGCCCCUUUCGCAGUCCGGUAUAAAAAUUUGCGGCCGAACUCGAAAUACCCUCCUCCACCUUCAGAAAUACCCAUUUUCGUCUCCCUCUUAAACCCUAAACCCUCCGCCGCAGCCCUUCUUCCUCCGUCGCUUCCAUGGCCGUAGGCGUUCUCCUUCGUCGCUCCCUUCGAGGAGCCACCACCGCUGCUCACCUCUCUGGCUACAGAUCGGCCGCUGCUGGUAGCUUGAGGCCGUCGUGGUCUUUGUCUAAAGGGUUCAGUUCAAAUCCUGCUGGAAAUGAUGUCAUCGGGAUCGAUUUGGGGACGACCAACUCUUGUGUGGCGGUCAUGGAAGGGAAGACACCCAAAGUCAUUGAGAAUGCUGAAGGAGCGAGGACAACGCCUUCGGUUGUUGCAUUCAAUCAGAAGGGAGAGUUGCUUGUCGGAACUCCAGCAAAGAGACAGGCUGUGACAAACCCUACGAACACUGUCUUCGGCACCAAGCGUUUGAUCGGGAGGAAAUUUGAUGAUCCACAGACCCAAAAGGAGAUGAAAAUGGUCCCAUACAAGAUAGUGAAGGCUCCAAAUGGUGAUGCUUGGGUUGAGGCUAAUGGGCAGCAGUACUCACCUAGCCAAAUUGGGGCAUUUGUUUUGACGAAAAUGAAGGAGACAGCCGAAGCAUACCUCCAAAAGGGGGUUUCCAAAGCUGUGGUGACGGUCCCAGCAUAUUUCAAUGAUGCCCAGAGGCAGGCUACUAAGGAUGCAGGAAGAAUUGCUGGCCUCGAUGUACAGAGGAUUAUCAAUGAGCCUACUGCUGCUGCACUUUCCUAUGGAAUGAACAACAAGGAAGGGCUUAUUGCUGUGUUUGACCUUGGAGGUGGAACAUUUGAUGUCUCCAUUUUGGAGAUCUCGAGUGGUGUUUUCGAGGUCAAAGCAACCAAUGGUGACACUUUCUUGGGAGGGGAGGAUUUCGACAAUGCUCUGUUGGAUUACUUGGUGAGUGAGUUCAAGAAGACGGAGAGUAUUGACCUUACCAAGGACAGACUUGCCCUGCAGAGGCUCCGAGAGGCAGCUGAGAAGGCCAAGAUUGAGCUGUCAUCGACAAGUCAAACUGACAUAAACUUGCCAUUUAUCACUGCAGACGCAUCGGGUGCAAAACAUCUGAAUAUUACAUUGACCCGUUCAAAGUUUGAGAGCCUGGUUAAUCACUUGAUUGAAAGGACCAAGGAGCCAUGCAAGAACUGCUUGAAGGAUGCUGGCGUAGCAACUAAGGAUGUUGAUGAGGUGCUGCUUGUAGGGGGCAUGACCCGCGUACCUAAGGUUCAGGAAAUAGUUUCCAACAUAUUUGGGAAGAGUCCUAGUAAGGGAGUCAACCCAGAUGAAGCAGUUGCCAUGGGAGCUGCUAUUCAGGGUGGCAUUCUCAGGGGAGAUGUGAAAGAGUUGCUUCUCUUGGAUGUCACACCUCUGUCUCUUGGUAUUGAGACAUUGGGUGGCAUCUUCACUCGUCUGAUUAGCAGGAACACCACCAUUCCUACCAAGAAGAGCCAGGUGUUCUCAACCGCUGCUGACAAUCAGACUCAAGUCGGGAUCAAGGUCCUCCAAGGUGAGCGGGAGAUGGCAUCCGACAACAAGAUGCUGGGAGAGUUCGAUUUGACGGGUAUUCCACCAGCACCAAGGGGAUUGCCUCAGAUUGAGGUGGCCUUCGAUAUCGACGCAAACGGCAUUGUAACAGUAUCUGCAAAGGACAAGGCCACCGGAAAGGAGCAACAGAUCACCAUCAGAUCAUCGGGAGGCUUAUCAGAGGACGAGAUUGAGAAGAUGGUGAUGGAGGCUGAGCAGUUUGCUCAGAAGGAUCAGGAGAGGAAGGCCCUGAUCGAUGUAAGAAACUCUGCAGAUACCACCGCCUACAGCAUCGAGAAGAGUCUGAACGAGUACAAGGACAAGGUUCCCUCUGAAGUGGUCAAAGAAAUCGAAGACGCUGUUGCUGAUUUGAGGGCGUCAUUGUCUGGUGACAAUGUUGACGAGAUCAAGUCCAAAAUCGAUGUCGCAAACAAGGCUUUGUCCAAGAUUGGGGAGCACAUGUCCAAGGGCUCUUCAGGUGGAGGCAGCGACGGUUCUUCAGGCGGUGCUCAAGGUGGCAGCGGCGGUGACCAGGCCCCCGAGGCAGAAUAUGAGGAGGUGAAGAAGUGAAGGACUCGGUCUGAUUAGUUGUAGGAGAAGUUCCACUUACUCUUACCGGGGAGAUAUGGCGGCACAUGCAUAAAAUGAGAAUUCUGCGUUAAUUCCAUUCGGCCUAUAUUCAUUUUGGUUUGUUAUGUUAGUGGGUUGUGUAAUGCUGACGAGAAGUGGCUAUGUUUUUUGCACGCUGAGGAAGUCUAGUUUCUGUUCAUUUUAUAAACUUCCUUGUGGAGGGUUUUGACCCUCCUGCUUACUACAUCAGUAGCCAAAUUUUCUGCAGUGGUAGUUUGCUUCAUUUUAGUUUGUGUUUCAGAUUGCCAAGGAGAAGUGAAGAGGACUGAAGAAGAUGAAAAAAGCUGACAGCCUUUAGCAUUGUUUCCACUACCAAAUCUUGGAGCUUUAUAGGUUUGGUUAGUUUCCUCUGUGAAGUACUAGAUUGGUGUGCAAGUUAAACCGUGGUAUCUCUCUCUGUGCCUUAAUGGCAAGAACGUAUAUGUUUACGAUGUUCGCAGGCCUCGUAAUCCGACAGCAUGUUCAUAAUAUUGUUUCAAGAAAGAUACGUGAAUUUGAGGCAAAAACGCUCAUGUGGGAUAGCUUAUGGAUAGUCUUCCCGGUUGAGAUCUAAACUAGGUGUUUGCAUUUGAGUUUUCGAUAAAGGUCAAUGCUCACGUACGUUGCUA